AUGGCCAUGGCGCUCAGCCCCCCCGGGCGGGAGGCGGCAGGGACCGGGGGAUGGCAACGGGGCGGGAGGGCGACCGAGCCCGGGGGGCUGCGGCUUCACUCGCCAUGGACCUUCUGGCUGGACAAGUCACUCCCUGGGACGACAGCAGCUGAAUGUGCCUCAAACUUGAAGAAGAUUUAUACAGUGCAGACAGUGCAGGAUUUCUGGAGUGUCUACAACAAUAUUCCUCCUGUGACAAAUCUGCCUCUGAGGUGUAGCUACCACCUGAUGCGGGGAGAGAGGCGGCCGCUGUGGGAAGAAGAAAGCAAUGCCAAAGGAGGUAUAUGGAAAAUGAAGGUCCCUAAAGAUAGCACGGCUGCAGUUUGGAAGGAGCUACUGUUAGCAACUAUUGGAGAGCAGUUUGCAGGCUGUUGUGCUGCAGAUGAUGAAGUCAUAGGGGUGAGCAUCAGCGUUCGUGAGUGUGAAGAUGCUGUGCAAGUCUGGAAUGUGAAUGCCUCCUUAGCAAGUGAAGCCAAAGUUUUAGAAAAGAUCCAGCAACUUCUGCCACACACACCUUUUAAAGCAGUCUUUUAUAAAUCACACAGAGAACGUCAUGCUUUUGAAGGCCAACUGGGGAGAUGCUGA